AUGGCCUUAAACAAGCUCCAUGAGCUUGGUUUACCAAAUUCAGCUCUACUAUCUCUCACUUGGGUUACAUGGCUAGCCAUUAUGAUUCUGCCUUAUUUCUUCGUCGCACUGGCAAAAGCACUAUUUUACCUCUCCUCCAAGUAUGCUUCUGAACUAUUCUCUCGAGUUGGACUCACUGAUAGCAAGACUGUUGACAUUCCAGUUGAACUUAAUGCGCAUCUAACUCUCACAGGAGGGAAAUCAUUGUCUAAUCCCUCUUUUUACAGACGCUUGGUUGGCAGCCUAGUUUAUCUCAUUGUCACUCGUCCAGACAUUUCCAAUGCUGUUCACCAGGUGAGCCAGUAUAUGUCUACUCCACGAUUGACUCACUAUGCUACUGUUUUGUGCAUUCUUCGGUACCUAAAGGGCACUAUCUUCCAUGGCUUUUUCUACUCUGCUCAGUCUCCUCUUGUUCUCCAUGCAUUUUCUGUUGCUGAUUGA